AUGGCAACACUGGAGAAGCUCUUCGACGGAUCCGGUGAUUUGAAAGCAGUGCCGUUGGUCUCCGAAGAGACCCGUUGCGGCCUGGAGCGAUGGUUGGCGCAACAAGUGCGCCAGCUGGCCACGACGAGCCACAAUAACAACAAGGGCCCUGUCGGCGGGAAUGUUAGCCCCGACUGCGGUGGCGGGCCUUCGGGCCACUGUGGUCCGAGUACAGCGGAAGUGCAUCUGGCGCCGUGUGCGACUGUGUCUGCUGCACAGCCACCACAUCCACCACCACCAGCAGCAACGUCUACAAUAGUGUUACCGCCGCCGCAGCAGCAGCAACUACCGCCUCCAGCACCUGCGCCGCCUAUUCCCCCGCCGCCGCCGCUGCCGCUGAGGUUGAAUACGCCGCACUUGUGGCAUCAUCCGUCGCCGAUGUUUCGGCCGUUGGUGCCGAACGGGGCGCAUGAUGGCCAUUUUGAGAUCAAGUCGGAAGGCAUGCAUCGAGUACGAGUGCGCACCAGUUUCGAUUCUGAGCUGGAAUUACCCAAGUUGCAGCACUGGUUUGCCGAAAAUCCACAUCCGAGCAAGCAGCAAAUCCAGGACUAUGUUCGUAUCCUGAAUGCGCAGGAAUCGCGUCGAGGCCGGAAGCAACUGGACGUCACCAACGUCAUGUACUGGUUCAAGAACGCUCGCGCAGCGCACAAGCGCGCCGAGAUCCGCCACCAGCAGCUCCACCAAACUUCCCCCAUGCAACACCGCUCUCUCGGUUACUCGUCGUCUUCAGAGAUGUCGCUGUCGGAGCGCGGGAUGAAGGAGGACGGGGAAGACGCGGAAGAGGAUGACGAUGAUGAAUUGGAUUUGACAGACUUUGACGACGAUGACGAAGACGAUAAUGAAGUGGCAACAGAGAAGUCUGAUGGUAGAGCUGAUGACGAGGAAACCGAGGCUCAGCAAGCAGUUUUUCCAGGUACUGGAGAUGCGAGUCCCAGAGGUUUCCAUCAGGAGUACAUGCAGCGAUUCGGGUUCCACCCAGCGCACCACCACCCGGCGUUCAUGUCCCCUCGUAUAUCUGCCGCUGCGGCAGCGGCACUCAUGACGAACCCCUACGUGCAACAUUCCCUCGCCAACAUCUCUGGCCUGGACUUGUCGUGUCGCGAGGGGUUCUCUGAAGUGUCGCAACCCGCGUCUGAAGAGCGGAAGAAGCGAAAUCGAACCUUUAUCGAUCCGAUUACGGAAGUGCCGCGAUUGGAACAGUGGUUUUCUGGUAACUCGCACCCGCCGCACUCCAUGAUCCUGAGGUUCACGCAGGAGCUCAAUGCGAUGCCAUACCGGCAAAAGUUCCCGAAGUUGGAGGCGAAGAACGUGCAGUUUUGGUUCAAGAACCGAAGAGCCAAGUGUAAACGGAUGAAGAUGUCGUUGACGAUGCCUUGAGCUUCCGGAAUUUGUCAGGUGGCUUUUUUUUUUUUGGUUGCUUUUUCCCCCCUUUGACUCGCAGUUUUUUGUGGCUUGUGCAAUAUUGUUAUAAAAAAAAGAAAAGGUUAUGGAUGAGGAGCAACUUAUCGGCAUAUCAGCAUUUUAACUUCUGUAUUGGCAGGAACCCGAUUUUUGUUGGAUUGUUCUUUCCUUGAUCUCUUUGCUGUUUGUAUGACCCUGCAUCAGCAACCGAACUGAUUGGGAAACUUAUAUGACAUGGAAUUACAGUCGAGCUUGAGAAAUUUCAA